GGCGCGGCCCGGCGCGGCCAUGGCCAUGGCCGACGCGUCCGCCUUCCCCUACGGGCUGCGCGUCCUCGUCGUCGACGACGACCCCACCUGGCUCAAGAUACUCGAGAAGAUGCUCCGCAAGUGCUCCUACGAAGUCACCACAUGCGGCCUAGCUAGAGUUGCUCUCGAAAUUCUACGGGAGAGGAAAAACAGGUUUGACAUUGUGAUUAGUGAUGUCAACAUGCCAGACAUGGAUGGCUUCAAGCUUCUUGAACACAUUGGACUUGAGAUGGAUCUGCCUGUUAUAAUGAUGUCCAUUGAUGGAGAAACAAGUAGGGUGAUGAAAGGCGUCCAGCAUGGUGCCUGCGAUUACCUUCUUAAGCCCGUUCGGAUGAAGGAACUCCGGAACAUUUGGCAACAUGUAUACAGGAAGAAAAUGCAUGAGGUUAAAGAGAUUGAAGGUCAUGAUAGCUGUGAUGAUCUCCAGAUACUCAGAUACGGUUUCGAGGGAUUUGAUGAGAAGGGCCUAUUUAUGACAGUUGAUUCCGAUCCCACGAGGAAAAGAAAAGACGUGGACCAUGGAGAUCAGGACUCUAGUGACGGUGCUACUGCUAAAAAGGCUCGAGUAGUCUGGUCUGUUGAUCUGCAUCAGAAGUUUGUAAAUGCUGUGAACCAAAUUGGAUUUGACAAAGUUGGACCGAAGAAAAUAUUGGACCUGAUGAACGUUCCGGGCUUAACAAGAGAGAACGUUGCUAGCCAUCUUCAGAAAUAUCGCCUCUACUUGGGUAGGCUGCAAAAGCAGAACGAGGAAAGGGCAUUGGGCUCUGCUAGGCAAGAUUUCAGCACUAAGGGACCAUCAUCAGAGAACCUUAACCUCAGAAGCUCCUUCCAAGAGCAACCAAGCACCAUUUCCAGUGGAUAUCCGCAUGCUCCCCAGAAGAUGCAAGGUCAGAGCAGUGUGUCAGAUUCUCAGUUAGAAGACACCAAGCGCACGGUCCCCUUACCGGCGUCAGAUAGGAGCAUAAACUCUGUAAGUUCAGCUGCCGAACCUCAGAAUGUCGCUGGUGUUUCACCAAUGGGCGGGGUGCUGUCGUUCAAAGGUUUGCCAGUGAAUCAGGACAGGAAGCCAUCAGAAACCAUGAUCCUGGAAUGCCAGGCCUGGAACGGAGGAGUGCCAGCAAAGCAGUUCAUGCAAUACCCAAAGCACAACCAUGCACGCUGUGACUUGUUAGGGGAUUAUGCAUGCCUACCAAAGCCAGACUUAGAGCACCCCACUGCCCCUGGUCAUUUGUUUACACCACCGUCGCUAAUCUCAAUAAUGAGUUGCAGUACGGAGAUGGACGCCAGAAACUUCUCGGACGUGAAGCCAGCCCUUCUCGACUGCAUCAAGUCCUUCUCCCCGGCGUUGACAUGUACAGCUGAUUCGGUUUCUGUUCAGCUCAGCGACAGUGUUGUGACCUCAACCGAUGCUGCUGACCGGAGGUUUUCCAGUGUGCAAGGUUUGCCUAGCACUAAAGAUUGUUACUUUGACCAGACAAGCAACCAAGGCUCCUGGCUUCGUUCGCAAGAGGAGCCAAGCGUCAUAUGCGGGGCGGAUUUUGCUUCUCUGCCCGAGGAUCUCUCCGGCUACUCACUCCAAGGAGGUGUCUCCUCUGAGAAUGUAGGGCUGGGCAGCAUUGAUUUGUUUCACUACAACGACGCGAUGAUACUGUCUGGGCUACAGAGUAACUGGUACGACGAUCAAGACCACUUCAGCAGCGAAACGACGGACUACCCGUUGAUGGAUGGGUGCCUCUUUGCGUAAUCCCCACCUUCUGUUCGGCCAUGCCGUUUUGCGAGGAGAGGAUGGUGCUCUUUGGUAUGUCUCCAUAUGGCACCUCUUGUAGGGCUGCAGUGUUCUAACUUGGUCCUUUGGUGGAAGGAUCUAAUUGUAGUAACUCCACUUUUGAUAAAACUGUCUGUAUUAUAGACCGUGGCCAUGCUAUAAAUCUAUAAAUACUCUUUGACGAUCA